AUGCAGGUUUUGAGCUUGGCCCUUUUGGGCUUGGCCCUUUUGGGCUUGGCCGUCGCGUUGGCGUCGGCCAAGCCGCUGCGAGGCAUGUGCCGCGACAGCCAGCUUGUUUUCCCCGAGGGUGAGCGCAUCAGCGCCCCCCGCCCCCACGAGUACAUCAACGUCGAGGACCUCCCCACAACCUUCUCCUGGGCCAACGUCUCUGGCGUCAACUACCUGACUCGCAGCCGCAACCAGCACAUUCCCGAGUACUGCGGCAGCUGUGUUGCCUUUGCCACCACUUCUUCUCUGAAUGACCGCAUGGCCAUCCUCCGCCGCAAGGCCUGGCCCGAAAUCAACCUUGCCCCCCAGGUUCUCCUCAACUGCAACGCCGGCGUGAGCUGCGAGGGCGGCAAUGCUGGUCCCGUUUUUGAGCACAUCCAUCGUAACGGCGUGCCCGAUGAGACUUGCCAGAACUAUGAAGCCCGCGAUGGCGAAUGCACCGCCAUGGGCAUCUGCGAAACGUGCGACCCUAACAAGGGUUGCAGCCCCAUCACCAACUACACCCUCUACUACGUGGCCGAGUUUGGCAACCUCGUGGGUGUGGAUCAGAUGAAGGCCGAGAUUUACGCCCGCGGUCCCAUUGUGGCUGGCAUUGAUGCCACUGACAAGCUCGAGGCCUACACCCAUGGCAUCUUCAGUGAGGAGAAGAUUCUCCCCGUACCUAACCACGAGAUCUCCAUCGUCGGCUGGGGUGUCGAGGAUGGCACUGAGUACUGGGUCGUGCGCAACAGCUGGGGUACCUAUUUUGGUGAGGAGGGCUUCUUCCGCAUCAACAUGCACGAGAACAACCUCGCCAUCAACUCCCAGCCUGCGUUUGCCGUCCCGGCCUUCCACAAGAACGUCUCCGCCAUGGAGCCUUACAUCAACCUUGGUGCUGAGAUUACCGCUGAACUUGAGGCCCGCGCCGCUGGCCGCCUCUUCAUGCACCGCACCGUCGACAUGCCUGCUUUCACCUCGCACCAAUUCGCCGAAGGCUCCCUCUUUGACCCCGCCACCAAGGGCAAGGCCGUGCGCCACAACGUCAAGUCCAGCCACGUUGUCUCCCCCCUGCCCCAUACCUACCUCACGCCCGAGGACUUGCCCGAGACGUACGAUCCCCGCAACAUCAACGGCAUGGACUACACCACCGCCAACCGCAACCAGCACAUCCCCCAGUACUGCGGCAGCUGCUGGGCGCACGGCACCACCUCGGCUCUGGCCGAUCGCAUCAAGCUGCUCCGCAAGGGAGCUUUCCCCGAUAUUCAGCCCUCCGUGCAGGUCUUGGUCAACUGCGUGACCGCCAACGAGACCCAUGGCUGCGAAGGUGGUGAUCCCACCGCUGCUCACAACUGGAUCUACGAGAACGGUAUCCCCGAUGAGACUUGCACCAACUACCUGGCCAAGGACGAGGUCUGCAAUGCGGCCAACACGUGCAAGACGUGCUCCCCUGAGACCGGCACCUGCACCGCCAUCUCUGAUCCCCCAAAGCUGCACAUUGCUGAGUACGGUCAGGUGGCCGGCGAGCACAACAUGAUGGCUGAGAUCUACGCACGUGGCCCCAUCGCUGGCACUAUUGCCGUUCCCCCCGCGCUGGAGACUUGGAAUGGUCAGGGCAUCUUCAACGAUACUACUGGCGAUGUCAGCCUUGACCACGAGAUCGAGAUUGCCGGCUGGGGCGUGGAGAACAACGUCCCGUACUGGAUCAUUCGCAACUCGUGGGGCACCUACUGGGCCGAUACCAACUGGUUCUACCUGAUCCGCGGUACCAACAACCUCGGCGUUGAGGCCAACUGCGACUGGGCUGUUUGGGACGGCAAGAUGCCUUACGUGAACGAGCUUCCCGUGCCCCAGGCAUAGACGCCUGUCUGCCCCACGUUUUGCUUCCUCUUCUUCCUCUUCUUCUUCUUUUUCUUCUUCUUCUUCUUCUUUUUUUUCCCAAAGUCAAGACUAGAUUUGCCGACCUGCGUUCCUUCUUCUUUUUGGUUGCACCUUUCUUCUUCUUUUUUUUCUUUCUCCUGUUGUUCAUACCGCGUGUUACUGCAAUUUUGUGGGCUGACCGUUUUUGUAUACGCACCAGGCUUGACUAUGCAAGGCUGUCGUGAUCUUGACCUUUUGGAUGGGGUGUGGGUUUGUCUGCGGUUUUGAUUUGUUUAAUUUUGAGACGGAAAAAUCGACGCACAAGCUC